UGUAUGAACUGAUUUGAAGAGGAGUUACAACGCUUCUAAAACGUUCUUGAUACUUGAUACGUAGUUCUAAUUACUUCGAGAAACAUGUUUCGAUCAUUAGUAUUAAUCGUGGCACUCAUCGAAUUGAUCAAUUCGGCAUUGUUAAGAAUUCCAUUAUAUAGGACAAACUAUAUUCGAAAAUGGAUUUCCAUUAAAGGUCGACGAUAUGAUUUGACUGAUUUACCAAAGGCACGACUGUUUUAUUUAUAUGAUAAACAAUACUAUGGCAUUAUCUCAGUUGGAACCCCACCGCAAAUAUUUAACAUUCAUUUCGACACUGGUUCCUCUAAUUUUUUUUUACCAUCCAUCAACUGUUACACUGAUAAUAUUCAAUGCUCAUCAGUUAAUAGAUAUAAUAGCAAUGAAUCCCACACAUACAUAGAAGUUGGUACUUAUAUUGGACUUCGUUACACGGUUGGUGAGCUGACUGGAUAUUUAUCUACUGAUGUAGUAAAUAUUGCUGGCGUUAAUGUUCAAAAUCAAACCUUCACAGAAGCGGUAACACGGGAUCUGACUUUUGCCUAUAUGUCAUACGAUGGAAUUUUAGGAAUGGGUUACCCAGAGAUAUCUACAAAAGGAGUGCCUCCUGUUUUCACCACCAUGAUUGAACAAGGCCUAGUGUCGGCACCUGUUUUUAGUUUUUAUCUGAAUCGAAAUUAUUAUUACGGUAGUGAACUGAUAUUGGGUGGUAUCGAUCCUCUUUAUUCUAACACCGAGUUCACUUAUGUUAAUGUAUCCCACAAAGGAUACUGGCAAUUUCCCAUAGAUAAGAUAAAAAUGAGACAUAUGAUUUUCUGUGAGGAUGGCUGUGAAGCUAUCGCCCACACUGGCUUUUCGGGAUUAUCUGGACCAGCCUCAGAAAUCGAAUUUAUUAACAACGAAAUUGAUUCAUUAAGACGAGUUGGAAUUUCUCAUGCAGGAGAUCUAUUUGUGGACUGCCGUCAGAUUUCUAAAUUGCCCAAUGUUAUUUUCUUCCUGAAUAAUAAACCAUUAGUACUCACUCCAAAAGAUUACAUCAAUACGAGAACGCUCUAUACGGACAAGUACAACCUUACGUUAUGUACAAGCUAUUUCGUAAAUUCCAAGGAAUAUUUUGGUAUAAAUGAUAUUUGGAUUUUGGGUAUUCCAUUUUUUAAUCGGUUUUAUACUGUGUUCGACAUGGGGAACGACCGAGUGGGAUUUGCGCAUCGAAAUUCGAGAAAUAUGUUUCGAUCUUUUGUAUUAAUCAUGAUACUCAUCGAGUUGAUCAACUCUGAAUUAUUAAGAAUUCCAUUAUAUAAGAAAAAUUGUAUUCGAAAAUCGAUUACUGAUAGUCGACGAGAUGAUUUACCUGAUAUUACAGAGGCACCACUGUUUAAUUUAUAUGAUAGGCAAUAUUAUGGUAUUAUCUCGGUUGGAACCCCACAGCAGAGAUUUAACAUACUUUUCGACACUGGUGCCUCUAAUUUUUUUGUACCAUCCAUCACCUGCGACAAUGAUAACAUUGCUUGCUCGUUACAUAGAAAGUAUAAUAGCAAUAAUUCCCUCACGCACAUAGAAGUUGGUACUUAUAUCGGACUUCAUUACGCGGUUGGUGAGCUUACUGGAUACUUAUCUACUGAUGUAAUGAAUAUUGCUGGCGUUAGUAUUCAAAAUCAAACAUUCACAGAAGCGGUAAGACCGGAUCCGACUUUUACCUUUCUGGCAUAUGAUGGAAUAUUAGGAAUGGGUUAUCCUGAGAUGUCUACAAAAGGAGUGCCUCCCGUUUUCAACAGCAUGAUCGAACAAGGCCUAGUAUCGGCACCUGUUUUUAGUUUUUAUCUGAAUCGAAAUGAUUACGGUAGUCAACUGAUAUUGGGUGGUUCUGAUCCCACUUAUUAUAACACCGAAUUCGUUUAUGUUAAUGUAACCAAUAAAGGAUACUGGCAAUUUGCAAUUGAUAAGAUAAAAAUGGAACGUAUGAUUUUAUGUGCGGAUGGUUGUGAAGCUAUCGCCCACACUGGUUUUCCGGGACUAUCUGGACCAGCAUCAGAAAUCGAAUUUAUUAACAACAAAUUUGAUUUAUUAAAACAAAUUGGAAUUUCUCAUUACGGCGGAGAAAUACUUGUGGAUUGCCAUCAAAUUUCUAAAUUGCCCAAUGUUACUUUCUUCCUGAAUGAUAAACCAUUCGUACUUACUGCAAAUGAUUACAUCAAUAUGAGAAUGGUCGAUUCGAGAAACUCUACAAUGAUAUGUACAAGCACUUUCGUAAAUUCUAGUGGAGAUAUUUGGAUUUUGGGUACUCCAUUUCUUAAUCAAUUUUAUACUGAGUUCGACAUGGAGAACGAUCGAGUGGGAUUUGCGCAAAUUGCUGGCGUUAAUGUUCAAAAUCAAACCUUCACAGAAGCGGUAACACGGGAUCUGACUUUUGCCUAUCUGUCAUACGAUGGAAUCUUAGGAAUGGGUUACCCAGAGAUAUCUACAAAAGGAGUGCCUCCUGUUUUCACCACCAUGAUUGAACAAGGCCUAGUGUCGGCACCUGUUUUUAGUUUUUAUCUGAAUCGAAAUUAUUAUUACGGUAGUGAACUGAUAUUGGGUGGUAUCGAUCCUCUUUAUUCUAACACCGAGUUCACUUAUGUUAAUGUAUCUCACAAAGGAUACUGGCAAUUUCCCAUAGAUAAGAUAAAAAUGAGACAUAUGAUUUUCUGUGACGAUGGCUGUGAAGCUAUCGCCCACACUGGCUUUUCGGGGCUAUCUGGACCAGCAUCAGAAAUCGAAUUUAUUAACAACGAAAUUGAUUCAUUAAGACGACUUGGAAUUCCUCAUGGAGGAGAUAUAUUUGUAAGUAGAUGA